AUGGAAGUGAGCGAGAGGGUCGGAGAACAAACCAAGUUCUUGGCGAAUCUGUUCUGUCGAGCAGCAGAGAGGGAACAGCAGACAGGAGAGAAGAUCCUGCAGCUGCUAUCAUCAGUGUGCAGUUACCAAAGAUUCCCUCUCAAAGAAAUAGCACAUUAUUUUGAGGAUAAUAAAUACCGGUGUGAUUUCCUGCUGGAGCUGUACUCCCAUGUGAAGGACUAUGAGACUCUAACAGGCAGCAGAGUCCUUCCAGCAUUACAGCCAGUUUUCCAGUCAGCUCCUGCAGUCUGGACCAUCGACCUGUCAGAGAGAAAGACCUCUGUCCUCCUGGAAGUGAUGAAGCUCCAAUCAGGAAAGAAACCAGUUGAGCUGACAGGCUGGUCAGAUGAAGAGAGUGAAAAUGACAACCGGUGUGAUUUCCUGCUGGAUCUGUGCUCCCAUGUGAAAGACUAUGAGACUCAAACAGGCAGCAGAGUCCUUCCAGCAUUACAGCCAGUUUUCCAGUCAGCUCCUCCAGUCUGGACCAUCGACCUGUCAGAGAGAAAGGCCUCUGUCCUCCUGGAAGUGAUGAAGCUCCAAUCAGGAAAGAAACCAGUUGAGCUGAGAGGCUGGUCAGAUGAAGAGAGUGAAGUGUGGAGUUUCCUGAAGUGUCUGCCUUACAUGUCACAGCUCAGUUUCAGUAGUCAGUGGUCAACAGACUCAGGAGAAGCCCAAAUCUGUGGGAAUCUGUUCUGUCGAGCAGCAGAGAGGGAACAGCAGACAGGAGAGAAGAUCCUGCAGCUGCUAUCAUCAGUGUGCAGUUACCAAACAUUCCCUCUCAAAGACCAAGUGGACGAUGAUGAGGAGGAGGAUAUAGAAGACCGUAAUGCUGACCAGUCUGAUUUCCUGCUGGACCUGUGCUCCCAUGUGAAGGACUAUGAGACUCAAACAGGCAGCAGAGUCCUUCCAGCAUUACAGCCAGUUUUCCAGUCAGCUCCUGCAGUCUGGACCAUCGACCUGUCAGAGAGAAAGGCCUCUGUCCUCCUGGAAGUGCUGAAGCUCCAAUCAGGAAAGAAACCAGUUAAGCUGACAGGCUGGUCAGAUGAAGAGAGUGAAGUGUGGAGUUUCCUGAAGUGUCUGCCUUACAUGUCACAGCUCAGUUUCAGUCGUCAGUGGUUCACACAGUCAGAACAAGCCCAAAUCUGUGGGAAUCUGUUCUGUCGAGCAGCAGAGAGGGAACAGCAGACAGGAGAGAAGAUCCUGCAGCUGCUAUCAUCAGUGUGCAGUUACCAAACAUUCCCUUCUCGUUUUUACGAUAAUAACUACCAGUGUGAUUUCCUGCUGGACCUGUACUCCCAUGUGAAGGACUAUGAGACUCUAACAGGCAGGAGAGUCCUUCCAGCAUUCCAGCCAGUUUUCCAGUCAGCUCCUGCAGUCUGGACCAUCGACCUGUCAGAGAGAAAGGCCUCUGUCCUCCUGGAAGUGAUGAAGCUCCAAUCAGGAAAGAAACCAGUUGAGCUGAGAGGCUGGUCAGAUGAAGAGAGUGAAGUGUGGAGUUUCCUGAAGUGUCUGCCUUACAUGUCACAGCUCAGUUUCACUGGUCAGUGGUCAACACACUCAGGUCCAGCCCAAAUCUGUGGGAAUCUGUUCUGUCAAGCAGCAGAGAGGGAACAGCAGACAGGAGAGAAGAUCCUGCAGCUGCUAUCAUCAGUGUGCAGUUACCAAACAUUCCCUUAUGAUUUUAACAACAAUAUCUACCAGUGUGAUUUCCUGCUGGACCUGUACUCCCAUGUGAAGGACUAUGAGACUCUAACAGGCAGCAGAGUCCUUCCAGCAUUACAGCCAGUUUUCCAGUCAGCUCCUGCAGUCUGGACCAUCAACCUGUCAGAGAGAAAGACCUCUGUCCUCCUGGAAGUGAUGAAGCUCCAAUCAGGAAAGAAACCAGUUGAGCUGAGAGGCUGGUCAGAUGAAGAGAGUGAAGUGAGGAGUUUCCUGAAGUGUCUGCCUUACAUGUCACAGCUCAGGUGUGAUCCAGAGUUCUUCCAGUUUGUGUGUACGUCUAUCUCUGUGAGCUCAACAGAGGUGGCCCAGCAGUUGGCCUCUCUCCUGCGUCUCAUGGGUUUCACUCUGGUGCUAACAGGAGAGUUACCCAGUAAAACCUGCUGGUCUGUGGGUCGAGUUCUGGGACUCUGUGGCUCCAGUGUGGAUCUCAUCCUCACACCCAGCAAGAUCUCUCUCAAAGGAGCCUCCCUUAUCUUUAGACAUACAGCACAAUUACACAGUCUUAGACUGUCUGAAAGCAUGGCAUUGAUACUGUGUCGACUGGCAAGCACACAAAAAGUGGCCGAUCCAGUAUCCAUUGUGGAGCUUUCUCCUGUCUUCAAAACGUCAUCACAGCGAGUAUUAAUGAGAGCUGUCAGUAGUGUGGCGUCCCUCCUGAGAUACUGGGCAGUCAAAUGUUUGGACCUGACCGAAGUUUGCAUUCCUGCUCACAAUCUCAUGACACUGCUGCUUCACCGUGAUCCUCUAACAAUCAAACUGAGUGCGCAGUAUGUUCAGCAGCUGACUGUACUCAUGCAUGAGAUCCAGGACAAAGACUUGACUCAGUCUUUCUUGAGUAAACUGGGUGGAGACCUGACCUCUUGCUCUCUAGACUGGGAAUUACUUCACUAUUUGCUACAGCACUCAUCAACUCACAGCAUCACUGUGGACAUGAGGAAGAGCAAGAUCUCAGAGAAGAGCAUCAUAAAUCUUCUUCCCUUUCUGGACAGGAUUGUGUUUAAAAGGCCCAGCCCCAGCUUUGUGUUGUCUGCCAUCAGGGAGAGCUACAGAACUCAUGCCAGGCACUGUAUACCCAGUUUACUGAAGUCAUUAGCCCAUGUCAUCAGCCUGACCUGCAGAGAACUGGACACAGUGGACUGUGCUGCUCUGCUCUUCAUCCUCAAACACAGCGAUGGAGUCAAACUCAACCUGGUGUGGACCUCCAUCCCACAAGGAGAAAUACAGGCCCUCCUGCUCACACUGGAGAACAUCUCUCAUCUCAGUGUUGACAGGAAUCUGCUGCUGAGGUUGCUGCGGGGUUGCACUGCCUCUGGGGUCCAACAGGGGGCAGCAGCAGCAGGUCUGCUGAGGGCCCUGCAGCACAGGCUGGAUCUGUCCUGCUCCUCCCGUGUGGAGCUGUCAGAGCAGGAGCACAGGGAGACUCUGUGUCUGGGUGCUGGAGACUGCAGGGCAAUCUCCACUGUCCUGAGCCACAGCAGCCAGGAGACACUGCUCAACCUACAAGACUGUGAGGUGGAGGACAGUGGACUGGAGCUGCUGUUUCCUGUCCUCAACAAAGUCCACCUGAGCACCAGCACAGCCGUCCUCGUCCAGAUGGUGUCCCUGGUGCCAGUGGGCAGUGAAAAGGACAGAGUGAUACGAGCAAAGUCCCUGUGUCGAGCCCUGGGUGGAGAGCUGGACCUCAGUGAGACCACAUUGGAUCAGAGGGCGUGUGAUGCUUUGGUCUGGAUACUGGACUUUUCUGAGGGGCUGACAGAACUUAACCUCAGUCACUGUCAACUCACAGACCAGCUCCUGCACACACUGAUCCCACAUUUGUACAAAGUACAAGACCUGGAUGUGAGUCACAAUAAGAUCACUGAUGCUCUGACUGACAGAUUACUCCAGCUGGUCUCCAUCAACACCUCCAUCACUGUGCGAGUCUUCAGCAAUAAUAUCAUGGACAGAACCCCCUUUCUGAACGUCAAACGCUUUGAAAUGUGGUGA